AUGAACAUGGAUUCUUCUCAAUCCCAUCAUCCUCAUCAGAAUCAAAACAACAACUGGCUUGCCUUCUCUCUUUCCAACACUAACAAUAACAACACUACUACUUCCUUCUUCCAACAUCCACAUGCCUCUCAUUUUCAUCCUAUCCAUAAUACAACAACAACAACCAACAGCCACCAUGAGUUAUCUAUUCUGACGGAUGGUAGCCCAAAGCUAGAAGACUUUCUUGGUGGCUGUUGCUCCGCAGCUUCAACUGGAUCCGCUAACUGUCAUUUCUCAUCAGAUGAUCAAUCUAUGCAACGACCGGCCCAUGACACUACUACUGCUACUCCUACUGCUGUUGCUUCUAUUAAUUAUGAUUCUGAGUUGUUCCUCCGUGGAUUCUCAGCCGACACCCACCAAGCGGCGGUAGUUACUUCUCCACCGCCGCCGCAACAACAGCAGAACCAAGAUAGCCCACCUGCCAAGAAAGCUGUUGAUACCUUUGGCCAACGCACUUCCAUUUACCGUGGUGUUACAAGGCAUAGAUGGACAGGGAGAUAUGAAGCACAUUUAUGGGAUAAUAGUUGCAGAAGAGAAGGCCAAAGUAGGAAAGGAAGACAAGUUUACUUGGGCGGAUAUGAUAAGGAAGACAAGGCAGCUAGAGCUUAUGAUCUUGCAGCCCUUAAGUACUGGGGUCCGACCACCACGACUAACUUUCCCGUUUGCAACUAUGAGAAAGAGCUUGAAGAAAUGAAGAACAUGACUAGGCAAGAAUUUGUUGCUUCACUUAGGAGGAAAAGUAGCGGUUUUUCUAGAGGAGCCUCUAUUUAUAGAGGUGUCACAAGGCAUCAUCAACAUGGUCGUUGGCAAGCUAGAAUAGGAAGAGUAGCCGGUAAUAAAGAUCUUUAUCUCGGAACAUUCAGUACACAAGAAGAGGCGGCCGAGGCUUACGACAUCGCAGCCAUUAAAUUUCGAGGGUUAAAUGCCGUCACAAAUUUUGACAUGAGCCGUUAUGACGUUAACAGUAUCGCAAACAAAAAUCUCCCAAUCGGUGGCAUGUGUGGAAAAUCCAAGACCUCUACAGACCAAUCUCGACCCGACACCAACCAAAGAUCCGACGGACAAGGUCUCUCCUCAACAUCCGAACAACCAACACAAUCAAACAUCCUUAGCUUCGCGUUGCCAAUGAAACAAGACCCGUCAACCGACUACUGGAAUUCGGUCAUAGCGUACAACCAAAACUACCAAGGUACAACACCUUAUAGCAUGGAUUACCCUUCAAGUACAACUAACAAUGGGUACUACAAUGGGGGAGGAUUUAUUCAACAAGAAAAUAAUAAUGGUACUACUAGUGAUGUUACUUUAAGUACCAUAUCAACAAUUCCUAUGGCUACCCCUAUAGGUUUGAAUGGACCUACUUAUGGAAACUGGAUAGAACAGUCUUUUCACUCAAAUCAACCUGCUAAGCAAAAUCUAUCAGUUUUUCAGACACCCAUUUAUGGAAUGGAAUGA